AUGACCGCCAUGCAGAGCAGCGAAUGGGUCCCGGGAUUUGAUCUCUUCGACAGCGAGACCAUGAAGAUCCCCGCAGGGACUCCACAACCAUCGGAAAAGUCGUUCUUUGUGGAUUUUGGUGGUGGCUGGGGCGUUGAUCGUCUCCAGCUACUACAGAAGUAG